AUGUCAAGUGAACAUCGUUCUUUGCGUAGUAGGACGGUGUACUUCACUCUCAAGAGUCGAGGUGUGGUGGAGACGCAAGGUAACGGGGGAGGGGGCCAAGCUCGCACUGGAUUGGGAGGUGCGGAGGAGCUGGGUGGGAUGAUGUCUUUGGAAAGUUCCUUGGGUCGGGCGGGGAACACUACCAUUCCGGUCUGCCCGGAGACUGGGGUCCCCAAAGGUGUAAUUGCUCCUGACAGUGUGUCCGCUUCUGCGAUGUGUCGGCCAUCGGAUUUGGGUCCUGUCCAUGACCCCCUGACCGACAGGAACCCGACUAUGGCGGAAUCGUUGGCUGGAAGUGUGGCGGCUUUGCUUGGGGCAAUGAGUAGCCACGGGGAUGAUUCGUGCUUGGUCCAAAGUCUGAGGGAAGUCUUUGAGCUGAUCCCUCCAUCUUACCAGAAGCUUGACCUUCCCGAACUUCCUGCUGGGAUUGCUUUGCGGUAUCCGGAACUUGAGGAGCUUUGGGUGAGGUUCGGAAACUCGCUUAACUUUGAAUUGAUUGAUGGGUGUCGCCCGUUUGUUGUGACUGGGCAAAAAGUGGACGAAUAUGAUGAGCGGACCCGAGUUUCCCCAACUGUUGGGGGAGCAUUUACUUCUGCCGCCCAAGCGCAGGAUGGCCCAGCCGACGGGAUUCCGUCCGCUUAUGGUCAUCCCACAGCAGCGAGUCGUGCGGCCUCCGUCGGUGGUCCCAUCGUGGUUGGUCGACUCGUGGCAACGUCCCACAGGGCCGGGGCGUCCCACCGGCCCCGGUCAUCUAUUUUGUCCGACCAAAGGGCGGCCCCGGUCAACUCACUGUGCAAGCAACUUGGUGGCGUCAGAUGCUGGAGUAAAAUCGGAGCUUUGGUUGGUCAAAGGAAAACAUCGUCUGAGCUCUGGCAAUCCGUAGAUAUCCUAGACCUAGCAUCUUCCAUCCAUCGUGGGGGUGCUGUGAGGGGGCGGCCUUGA